CAUCGACAAUCCCCGUACUUUGGCAUGUUUAUAUCAAUUAAUCCAGCCUUGGUGAUCAAUGAUCCUGAGAUCAUUCGUCACGUCCUGACGAAGGACUUUUCCCAUUUCCACGACAGAGGAAUAUAUGUGGAUGAGAAAGUUGAUCCACUUUCCGGACAUUUGUUUAGCCUUCCCGGUGAGAAAUGGAAGAAUUUGCGCACCAAAUUGACACCGACUUUUACGUCUGGCAAAAUCAAGCAAAUGUUUCCCAUUGUGAACCAAUGCGGCGUGGAACUUGGCGAUUGCGUCGAGAAGGUUUUGAAAAUUGACGAAACUGUGGAAAUUAAGGAUAUCGUGGCGAGAUAUACCACUGACGUCAUAUCGAACGUGGCUUUCGGUUUGGAAACCAACAGCUUGAAGGAACCGAACAACGAAUUCCGAAGAUGUGGGCAAUUGGUAUUCGCAUCUAGACCAUUGAUGGCUAUGUUAUCUUUUUUUAUGCCGAGUCUUUUGCGCAUAUUGAAGCUGCCACAUACAGACACACGAGUUACCAAUUUUUUCACAAAAGUAUUUAGUGAUACAGUCAAUUACAGGAAGCAAAAUAACAUUAAGCGGCACGACAUGUUGAACAUGCUGAUGCAGUUGAUGGACAAAGGAUACGUUGAAACUGACGACGCGAACGAAAUUCCCAAAGGGAAAGCAGUAAACGAUAGCAAGAAGCUGGAAAUGACGGAAGCUACGGCCCAGGCCUUUGUCUUCUUUAUAGCUGGUUUUGAGACUUCCUCGUCUACCGUGACGUACUGCAUUUUCGAAAUGGCCUGUCACCCAGAGAUUCAAGAGAAGGUUUACAUAGACAUAGACCAAGCAUUGAAGAAACAUGGCGGCCUGACGUACGACAGUUUGGCAGAGAUGGAAUAUCUUUCCCAGGCAGUAGACGAAACUUUGCGGUUAUAUCCCACACUUCCGAUACUGAAUCGAGAAUGCACCAGGGAAUACGAUGUGCCUGGAACCAACUUGCACAUUUCAAAAGGAGAUGCAAUAGUCAUUCCAGUUUCGGGUAUUCAUAAGGAUCCUAAUAUAUAUCCUGAUCCCGAGAAAUUCGAUCCUGAACGUUUUAGUAAGGAAAAUAAAGGAAAGAUUCACUCACACGCUUAUCUUCCGUUUGGCGAAGGACCAAGGAUAUGCAUUGGCAAAAGAUUCGGCUUGAUUCAAGCGAAAGUAGCCUUGGUCAGUUUACUGUCUCGAUUUCGAUUUUCCACAAACUCAAAAACGGAAAUUCCAGUGAAGCACAGUCCUGGAACUAUUGUAAUGUGUCCAGAUCACGGAGUAAAUCUGCGGGUCGAAAUGCGAUAAAGGAUGGUAACCUUACCUAACCUCCGACAACUUGAUCAUAAUGGCACCGUGGAUAAACCUUUGCCAAGUUAAAUGUCAUUAGUGAAGAUGUCAUUAAUUAAAUGCAGAAUAACGAGUGUUUUGUAAUCUCAAUAAAAAUAUAUUCGCAGACUUUGGUCUAA